AUGUCUGGGUCUGUCCACAAACAGACUCCGAAAACUCGCAACACUCGGCAACAACAAACACACGGCCUCGAACGCCCAAAGCCACUUAAAAUGAUAGAGAAGGACAAGUUGGAAGAGGGCUCUUCCCCAACAACCCCAAUCGACUCGUCUACUCCUGUCAACGUUGGUUCUGACGUGCAACGGUCUGGAAGUAUUAAAAAGGGUUUAAAGACGACAGUGAUGAAAAAGUCACAAGUCACACAAAAGUCGCCCAACCCAAUUCAGCCAAAGGAAGUCGUUGAAAAACCUGAACGUACUGAACAAGGAGUUAAACCCGAAAUCACUGAAAGCUUACAAGAAAACAUAGAAGACGACUGGCAAGACUCCAAAACAGGAAAAUCGGGAAAACAUAACCAAAAACGGAAGAACAAAAAGACUCAGAAAAGAAGCAAGAUAUCUAAAGAACAUGAUACUGUUCUGGAUGAGUCUCCAGUCGAUGUUAGUGCAGUUGACACUACACCCAUUUCAAAUACCUCAGACUCAAAACAAAAUGAAGAGAAAGAAUCAAUUGAAACGGAUGAAACCGUCAAAACCCAAGAAACAGUCGAAAAGGUACCUAUGGAAGAACCAAAUAAUGAGAAGGAAACGCUUAACAACGAAGUUCAAGAAUCACAAAUUCCCCCACAAGUCGAUGAAUGGCAGUCGACAAAAAGUUCGAAGAAGAAAGCAAAGAAGAGUUCAACCCCGGCAAAAACAAAGACACACAAAAAACACAAGAAAAGUGCAACAACGUCUGUCACCGAGUCGAGUGAAUCACACGACGAAGAAGUUCAAACACCAGUUCAACCACAACUGAUCCCUCCACAACCCACUCAAGAGCCUCUUGAGGUCGCCGAAACAACUGAUACACAACAAGAAAAGGAUGAAGACGAAACACAAGUGGGAUGUAUAUUGCCAAUGACGACGAAAUCAGUCACGCCACAUCCACUCCAUAUGCGGUAUGGUAUUGAAGAGAUGAAAGGGUUACAAAUACCAAAUUUACAAAUCAAAAAUGCGAUGGUUGGGGUCUUUGAACGUUUUGCGCGAAAAGAAGAGGACCAAUGUAAGAAAAAUAAGAACUUUUUCAUCGACCGUAAGACGGCUAUUUAUCGCCAAGCGUUCAACCAACUUACCGACAAGACUUUAGUUACCGUUGCAGACAUGAUGGUUCUACAAAUUAGAACUCGCGAAGACUUAGAAACGAUGUUGUCGAUAUUGUUUAAUAAUGCUAUUAAUGAGAGGAAGUAUGUCAAACUGUAUGUCCAGUUCUUUAUAUACAUUCGUAGUUUGAUGCAGAGAGACCCACAAAAGGUUGCAUUCUCGAGUGACAUGAUUGUUAUUCUCCUCGACAAGGCAGAACACCAAUUUAAUAACCCGCCCGUGCCACAACUUGAAGUCCAAGGAGAAACACCGGAACAAAGAGUCCAACGAGAGGAGAAGAACAACAAUGAGGUCUUUGAAUAUUUGGGCACAGUAUAUCUUGUGAGUUAUUUAUAUACUGAGAAGACUGUUAUUCCCGAUCUGGUGUUACAGUGCUUUGAUGUUCUCAGUAAAGUGAAAGGAACACUUCCGAUAAAAGCGUUUAAAACAAUGGUCAACGAAACACACGACCAAUUGGUGAAGGACGGAGUUGGACUUGAAAAGGUCAAAAAUCUUAUUAAAGAAAUGCUGAAGCGGGAGGGUUUGACAUUCAUGGAGAAAGUGCUAUUGGACACAUCACUCGAGGUGAUUGAAGGCAAACCCUUGGCGAAGAUUGAAAGUCCACAUGUGAAUGUUGUCAAUGUAGUCGACCAGAUUAAGAAAGGGGAAAUCACGAGUGCUAAAUUUAUUGAGGAAGUAGCUAAGAAGAGUGCGAGUGAUAUUGGAUUGAUAAUAGAAGGUGUCAUGGACGUGAUGGAUAAUGGAUAUUCCGAAGACUUGGAGAAGGUACUACUGAGCGCCGACUUCAUCAAAAAAAUUGGAAAGUCGUGGAACGAUGUCAUUAACACGAUGAAAGCAUUCCAAAUGAAAGAACGUGGGGGGCUCGAGUUAUUUGGGAAAUUGUUGGGGUGUUUGUUUAUUAAAAAAUACAUUGACUUAUCCGUCAUAAUCGACAAAGCUUUGCAGACGAAAGAAGAAGCCAUUUCUAUUGUAGGCAAGGUAAAGAGUCCACUCUUUUUAUUAGUCAUUGCGUUGAAUCAAAUAUUGAGCUCUGUAUCUCCAAGAACUGUAUUAAAUUUGCUUGGAAAAAACUCUAAAAAUCUCAACCAUUUGGUGAGCAAAAAUGAAGAUAUAGUUGAGGUGGUCUAUCACUCUGCAUUAGUCAUUGCAAGUGGAUCUGAAGACGAAGUUGUCGAAGGUAACGAAGAGAAAACAAUGAAAAUUGGGGAGUUAUUCAUUAGCAUAACACAUCCUGAUAUUGUAAGUCGUGUAUUAAACAGGGUUUGGGUGAAUUGCAAAGAAAAGAAGACUCUUGAAGUUAAGAAGAGCAUACAGUUAAUGAAUAAAAAAAAGUGA